UAUAAUCGUAAUAAUAAUAAUAAUAAAUUUGUAGAGGGGGAGGAGGAGGAGGAGGAGGAGGAGGAGGAGGAGAAGCGGAAGCGUGUUGCGGCGGCGCCAAUGGAUUCUCGUCCCUACUCCGAUGACAUCAGAUCGGGGUCGCUCACGGUGGGGGAGUGGCUGUGCGCGGUGCUCGUCCCGCUCAUCGCAAUCGCCGAGGUGAUCCUCUGCGGGGUGGCCGAGUGCUUCGAUCUCCGCUCGAUCCAUCGUCCCCGCCCUCGCCCUCGCCCCCACAUGAAGAACUUCCAGGACCUCGCCGAUGAGUCCCGAUGCUUCACGGUGAACGAGGUGGAGGCUCUGUACGAGCUCUAUAAGAAAUUGAGCUGCUCCAUCUUUGAUGACGGACUCAUCCACAAGGAAGAACUUCAACUGGCAUUGUUCAAGACUCCAACGUGCGAGAACCUUUUUCUUGAUAGAGUCUUUGGUCUUUUUGAUGAGAAGAAAAACGGUGUUAUUGAGUUUGAAGAGUUUGUUCAUGCACUUAGUGUCUUCCAUCCAUGUGCUCCUGUAGAGGAUAAAAUCGAUUUUGCAUUUAGGUUGUAUGAUCUAAGGCAAACUGGGUACAUUGAACGUGAAGAGGUUAAGAAAAUGGUCAUUGCUAUUCUGAUGGAGUCAGACACGAAAUUGACGGAUGACCUUCUCGAAGCCAUACUAGAUAAGGCAUUUGCUGAUGCAGAUACUGAUGGGGAUGGUAAAAUCAACAAAGAGGAGUGGAAGAACUUCGCGUUGCGGAGCCCUAAUCUUUUAAAGAACAUGACACUACCAUAUCUGAUGGACGUCACGAUGGUAUUUCCUAGCUUUGUUUUCAACACUGAGGUUGAAGAUUAAGAAGGUAAAGAAUUGUGGUAACACUGAAAAGCAAUGACCUAGAUGGAACAAAUAUGGCAUGGAAGGCCAUCCACCAUCAGCCCCGGAUCAGAAUUCAGAACACUGCUGCUUAAAUGGCAUUCAAAUCAAGGAGAGAACCACACUCCUCAUAUUCUGACCACGUGGUUCCUCGACAAACUGGGAGGGACAUUAAUAUGAUUAAUUGCACCGCUCGACUCGUGAAAUCAGUAUCAGCAUGCUGGUAUCAUCAUCAAAGCCUUUGAGAGCGUACAUAGUUUCGCAAGUAGAUGCUGUAUUUUUGUGACUCUUCAUCUACCGUCCGUCCGUAUAUGGUUUGUUGUUAAUUGGCUUUAUUUGCAAAAAACGUGAGAGUUCCAGGCCAAGACUCCACUGUCGUGCUGUGUUGUGUUUAGCUGAUGUAAAAAAAGAGAUAUAGGGCCUUUUGGUGGUGAUUCUUCUGUCAGCAGCUUGUACAAACGAGCGAAACACUUCCAAUUUUAUUGAUUUAUCUCAGGCGUUUUUGUUG